AGGCAGAACACCAGGAAGAAGGAGCUAGCAUAAGCGCCAAAAGCGAGAGAAGAAGACUCUCGUCUCGUGUCGUGCAUGGAUCCCAACGACGCCUUCUUGGCCGCGCACCCGUUUAGGUGGGACCUCGGCCCACCGGCUCCGGCAGCCGUGCCUCCUCCUCCUCCCCCGCCUCCGCUUCCUCCUGCGCUGCCUCCGGCGAACGCGCCGAGGGAGCUGGAGGACCUCGUGGUCGGGUAUGGCGUGCGCGCGUCCACGGUGGCGCGGAUCUCGGAGCUCGGGUUCACGGCUAGCACGCUCCUGGUCAUGACCGAGCGCGAGCUCGACGACAUGACGGCCGCGCUCGCGGGGUUGUUCCGCUGGGACCUGCUCAUCGGCGAGCGGUUCGGCCUUCGCGCCGCGCUGCGCGCCGAACGUGGCCGCCUCAUGUCACCAGGCUGCCGCCACCACGGAUACCAGUCCGGCAGCACCAUCGACGGCGCCUCACAGGAAGUGUUGUCGAACGAGCGCGAUGGGGCGGCUAGCGGCGGCAUCGGCGAAGACGACGCCAUGAGGAUGAUGGCGUCUGGCAAGAAGCAGAAGAAUGGGUCCGCAGCGAGGAAGGCCAAGAAGGCGAGGAGGAACAAGGUGAAGGAGCUGCGACUGGACAUGCAGGGGGACGAGCACGAGGACGGCGGGGGCGGCCGGUCGGAGUCGACGGAGUCGUCAGCCGGAGGCGUCGGCGGGGAGCGGCAGCGGGAGCACCCGUUCGUGGUGACGGAGCCCGGCGAGGUGGCGAGGGCGAAGAAGAACGGGCUGGACUACCUGUUCCAUCUCUACGAGCAGUGCCGCCUCUUCCUGCUCCAGGUGCAGUCCAUGGCCAAGCUGCAUGGCCAGAAGUCUCCAACCAAGGUGACGAACCAGGUGUUCAGGUACGCGAGCAAGGUGGGGGCGAGCUACAUCAACAAGCCCAAGAUGCGGCACUACGUGCACUGCUACGCGCUGCACUGCCUGGACGAGGACGCCUCCGACGCGCUGCGCCGGGCGUACAAGGCGCGCGGCGAGAACGUCGGCGCCUGGAGGCAGGCGUGCUACGCGCCGCUGGUGGACAUCGCGGCGCGCCACGGCUUCGACAUCGACGCCGUCUUCGCCGCGCACCCGCGGCUCGCCAUCUGGUACGUGCCCACCAGGCUCCGCCAGCUCUGUCACCAGGCGCGCAGCGCCCACGACGCCGCCGCCGCCGCACACGCCGGCUCCAUGCCGCCGCCAAUGUUCUAGUCGUGCGGCCCUCUCGUCGUUGCAGACGGCGGUGGGCUGGAAUCGAAUGUUGUGAGUUUGUUGCUUGGGCCAGUAGAGUGGACCAGCCUUAAUUUGUGUGUGUUUGCAUGGGACAUGCGAUUGUGAUGAAUGUUUGUAACAUGGAUGUUUAAUUCUAAGACAUCUAGCGAAAUGUGAAGUCAUCAGCUAUUGAAUUUCA